AUGUCCGCACGAUUUGGUCUCCGGGCCACCCAGGCUCUCCGCCCGGCGUUCCGACAGAACAUCAACUCCAACCUCAGAUUCGCACAAAGGAGAGCACAGUCCACAGCAGCGGAGGCAGGCGAAGCGACCAAGAAUGAGUCGGCCUUUAGCAAGCUCUGGAACUCGCCGGUUGGCCCCAAGACCGUUCACUUUUGGGCCCCCAUCAUGAAGGUAACGAAUACUCCCCAUUGAAGACCGGGAACCUCCACAUACUGGCCCGGCCUCACGUCUUGUUGCUCUACAAAAAUUCUAACAUUCUAUUGCUUCACAGUGGGGCCUCGUCCUCGCCGGUGCCGCCGACUUCGCCAGACCCGCCGACCAGCUCUCCAUCUCUCAAAACGGCGCGCUCAUGGCCACUGGCCUGAUCUGGACCCGAUGGUGCUUCGUCAUCAAACCCCGCAACCUGUUCUUGGCCAGUGUCAAUUUCUUGCUGUUCUGCGUGGGCGCGACACAAGUCAGCAGAGUCCUGAUGUACCAGAAGAGCUUAAAGGGAGACAGCGUUGGUUCGGAGGCCGAGAAGGCGGCCAAGCAGGAAGGAAAGAAUCUGGAGCAGGCCGUUGAGAAGGUGGCGGACAAGAUUGAGGGCAAAUAA